AUGUCACUCACAGCAGUAGCAGAAGUAGUUCUGGCCAACGCCAAAGAGCUGGACAAGCGCGGCGUCGUCGACAUCGAGUCCAAAAUCGGAUUCCGCGACCCGACCCAAAGCGACCUUGACUGCCGAUCCCGCCUGAUCACCGCCAUCCGGGAGCUGGAAAGAAUGGCUCUCGGUCCAGCGGAGACCAUAUACAACAUGCUAAUGGCCAGCACCGGCGAUAUCACCAGCCUUCUCACCCUCUCCCGCUACGCCAUCCCCACACACGUCCCACCCCACGGCACCACCACCAUCGCCGCCCUCGCACAAAAAUGCACCUUCACCACCACGACCAACCCCACCACCACCCCCUCCCCCUCCCCCUCCCACACACUAGACGCCCAAACCCUCGCCCGCCUCCUCCGCCCCGCCAUCGUCUCCGGCAUCUUCGCCGAAGGGCCCGAGCCCGGGUCCAUCAGCCACACGCCGACGUCCCGCCUCCUCCUCCGCGACCCGGACUUUCUCGACCUCAUCGGCUUCUACGCCGAGGAGAACGGCGCCGCGGCGGGGAAGGCGACGCUGGACGGCCUCGAGCGGUGGCGCAACUCGCGCGAGCCGGCGGAGACGGGCUUCGCGGUCGCAGCUGCUGCGGGCCAGCGGCGCGGGGAGCGGAAGGAGGAACCGGACGGCGGGAAGCACGGAGGAGGAGAAGGAGGAGGUGAAGGAGGAGCGGGCUUUUUUGCGGAGCUGCGGCGCGAUCCCGCGCGCGUGAAGAGGGCGGCCGGCGCGUUCAAUGCGUUGCCGCAGAUGCUGGUGCAGGGGAACGACGGGCUGGCGGCGUCUCGCGUGUGGCGGGAGGUGGAUGCUUCCGCUGACGACGGUGGUGCUCAUGGGGAGGAGGAGCAGCCGGACGACGCCGACGCAGCCGCCGCCGCCGCCGCCGCCGCCGGCACCGCCCUCGUCGUCGACGUCGGGGGCAACCGCGGGCACGCGAGCAUGGCGAUCGCGGACGCGACGUCGGCGCGGGUGCGGUUCGUCGUCGAGGACCUGGCGGGGCCGGUGGCGCUGGGGGAGCGCGGGCUGCCGGACGAGUAUCGCGGGCGGGUGUCGUUUCGGGUGCAGGACUUCUUCGAGGAGCAGGCCGUGGUCGGGGCGGACGUGUAUUUUUUGCGGAAGGUGCUGCAUGAUUUCCCCGAUCAUUAUUGCGUGAGGAUCGUGCGGGCGUUGGUCCCGGCGCUGAAGCGGGGCGCGAGGGUCGUGGUGUGUGAUCGACUGAUGCCGGACAUGGCGAAGGCUGGGUAUGAGCAGCGAGAGGCGAGGUUCAGUGAUCUUACGAUGCUCCAGUUGUUGAACGGUCGGGAACGAACCGAGACUGAUUGGAAGGAGUUGUUUGCAGAGGCGGACUCAAGGUUUGAUGUCGAAUUCGAGCAUUGGACUGGAAACCUUCAUGGCCUGAUCAUUGCGACUUGGAGACCUGAACAGACCGGCCAUCAAGUGAAGCUUUAG